AUGUCUUAUUCCUCCAUGGCAGUCCGUUUCUUCACAGCUCCAAAGCCUCUUGGGAAUGCCAUGGACCAUCAUAAUCACCCCAACACCCAGAAAAACGCCGGCGGCGAGCCGCAAGGCCAUACGGUUGUGAGACCCAAUGUCUCGACCGAACACCCCUCUUCUCGCGGCGUCGAGCUGCACAAGCCCAUAGCCCAGGGUCUGACCUUUGCGAACCAAGAUUCGCUGCCGAAACUCCCGAUUCCGGACCUCGAGGAUACCUGUCGGAGACAUCUUGAUGCUCUGGCUGCUUUGCAAGGCCCGAGGGAACAUGAGGACACCAAGGCUGCUGUGCGGGACUUUUUGAAGACCGAUGGGCCUGUUAUGCAGGAGAAGCUUAAGAACUAUGCUUCGUCGAAAACGAGCUAUAUUGAGCAGUUUUGGUAUGAUUCCUACUUGAAUUUCGACAACCCGGUCGUUAUGAAUCUCAAUCCGUUUUUUUUAUUGGAGGAUGAUCCAACUCCCGCGCGAAACCACCAAGUGACCCGAGCAGCCUCCUUGGUAGUUUCGGCACUAUCUUUCGUUCGAGCCGUUCGACGGGAAGAGUUGCCUCCUGACACCGUUCGAGGGACACCACUCUGCAUGUACCAAUAUUCACGGAUCUUCGGAACCGCUCGUCUGCCCACCGAAAACGGGUGCGUCAUCAGCCAGGACCCCUCGGCCAAGCAUGUGGUGGUGAUGUGCCGAGGGCAGUUCUAUUGGUUCGAUGUCCUGGACGACAGUAGCGACUUGAUCAUGACCGAGAAAGACAUCUCGCUCAACUUGCAUGUCAUCAUAGACGACUCCGCGCAAACGCCGAUUCAGGAUGCCGCCAAGGGUGCCUUGGGUGUGCUCAGCACGGAAAACAGAAAGGUGUGGUCGGGGUUACGGGAUAUCAUGACCAAGGAUCCCGCUUCAAACAACGCAGAGUGUCUUAAUAUUGUCGACACUGCCCUUUUUGUUCUUUGCCUCGAUGAUACGGAGCCGUCUAGCACGGCCGAGCUCUGUGCAAACAUGCUCUGUGGCACAAGCGAGGUGAUCAAGGGAGUCCAGGUCGGCACCUGCACCAACCGAUGGUACGACAAGCUCCAGAUUAUUGUCUGCAAGAACGGCAGUGCGGGUAUCAACUUCGAGCACACCGGUGUGGACGGGCAUACAGUCCUGCGCUUUGCCAGUGAUGUCUACACGGAUACAAUCCUGCGGUUUGCGAAGACGAUCAACGGUCAAGCACCAAGUCUAUGGGCGACAACCAGCCCCGACCCGGCCAAGCGGGACCCGCGCAGCUUUGGGAAUGUCAGCACGACUCCCCGCAAGCUCGAAUGGGACAUGGCACCUGAACUCAACAUCGCAUUGCGGUUCGCCGAGUCGCACCUCUCAGACCUGCUGCACCAGCAUGAGUUCCAGGUGCUGGACUUUGAAGGCUUCGGUAAGAACUUCAUCACAUCGAUGGGGUUCUCGCCAGACGCAUUUGUGCAAAUGGCAUUCCAAGCUGCCUACUACGGCCUGUAUGGCCGCGUGGAAAACACGUACGAGCCCGCCAUGACCAAAAUGUUUCUGCACGGCCGCACCGAAGCCGUGCGCACAGUAACCCCCGAGAGUGUAGAUUUCGUCAGCACAUUCUGGGGCGACAACCCGGCAGAGCGCAAGGUGGACGCGCUGCGCACCGCGACUCAGAAGCACACCGCCAUCACCAAGGACUGCUCCAAGGGUCAGGGCCAGGACCGGCACCUGUAUGCACUUUACUGCCUAUGGCAGCGAUCCUUUGACGAUGCACUUUUCCACGAAACCAGUUCUGCAGGCGGGUACUCCAGCGCCGGCGAUAGCCCCGAAUCGCCGAAACUCUCCGAAGCAUCCGACGACGGCUUCUCAUCAUCAGCGGGCAGUAGCAGCGGCCUUCGUGCUAUCCGCAACGCCACCACACCCACACCCGCCAUCUUUAGCGACCCGGGCUGGGACAAGAUCAACAACACCGUGCUAUCAACCUCGAACUGCGGCAACCCCUGCCUGCGCCAUUUCGGGUUCGGUCCCACCUCUGCCGACGGCUUCGGCAUCGGGUAUAUCAUCAAGGACGAGUCGAUCUCCUUCUGCGCCUCGUCCAAGCACCGCCAGACGGCUCGUCUGAUGCAUACCCUCGAGUCGUACCUUUUUGAGAUCCGCAAGUUGCUGCGCGCUACGAACCGCAAGACUACGAGUCCGCGCACCAGUCGCGCGCGCGAGACUGAGGCUCUUGCCGAGCGUCUGCAGAAUGAUCCGCAGCGCCGGGGCCGUAUUGUUCGUGGGGAUGCUCGGGGCGCUGAUACGCCUACUACGACUACGGAUAGUGGUGAUAUCGAGGAUGAUGGCAUGGGUGGAUAUGGCUUCUUCGAUGCUGGUAUGCUCCUCCACGCUCUUAAGGGUCUUAAUGCCGAGCGCGAACAGCGUGGAGAGAAACCUAUGAAACGCCGCUUUGUUGGGAAGAAGCUGCAUUUAAAUGAAUAUUGA